CACGGCCGCGGCCGAGCUUGCCGGGCGCGGGGCCGGCGCCCGCCGCUUUUAAACCCGGGCGGGCGCGGCGGCGGCGGCGGCGGCGGCGGCGGCGGGCGGAUCGCGGAGCGCGCUGGGCGCCGGGCGGCGGCCGGAUGGAGAGGAAGGGCUCGGCGGCCGCGGCCAAGGGGAACCCGAGCCCGCCCGCGGCCGGCGAGGCGCAGCGGCCGCCGCCGCCACUGUGCGUCCCGGGCGGCGGCGGCGGGGUCCCGGCGCGCGGCCAGGCUGGGGCGGCGGCCGAGCCCGCCGAGUUCAUCCGGCGGGCGCACGAGUUCAAGAGCCAAGGGGCGCAGUGCUACAAGGACAAGAAAUUCCGCGAAGCCAUCGGCAAAUACCACCGGGCGUUGUUGGAGCUGAAGGGGCUGCUGCCGGCGCCGGGGGAGCAGGAGCGGGACUCGCGCGCGGCCUCCCCGCCUGGGGCCCCCAACCCCGGCCGCCUCUCGGAGGAGCAGAGCAAGACGGUGGAAGCCAUCGAGAUCGACUGCUACAACAGCCUGGCAGCCUGCCUGCUCCAGGCUGAGCUGGUGAACUACGAGCGAGUCAAGGAAUAUUGCCUCAAAGUCCUGAAGAAGGAAGGAGAGAACUUCAAGGCUCUUUACCGGUCUGGUGUAGCCUUCUACCACCUUGGAGACUAUGACAAAGCACUCUACUACCUGAAAGAAGCAAGGACCCGACAGCCAACAGACACCAACGUGAUUCGGUACAUCCAGCUGACGGAGAUGAAGCUCAGCCGAUUCUCCCAGAGAGAGAAGGAAGCCAUGUGACAGCUGCAGCCGCCCCCGAGGACGGACUUCCAGGCAGCCCCCCGGCGAAGGGCCCCUCCUGGGUUUUGCUCCCUUCUCCCCACUUCUGCCAGCUCCCCCUCUCUUCCUCCGGCUGCCCCUCAGCAAUCUGUCUGCUCCCAGUGGGAAAGGAAGGAGCGGCAGAUUUGGAACCUGGCGGGUUGCCUGCCAUGGAGACACCCCUUCUCUAGCAGGUCCGCUACUGAGAGGGACCGCACUUCUGCGGGGACAGCUGGAGAGGACUCUUACAGGGCCCAGGACGCUGAUGCAGCAGUGACUUCGGCCAGUGCUCCUGACACAGGCAGAGCCGGGGAGAUGUGCCGUCACAGGCAUGGAGCCCACGGGCUGGACCCCUGCACACUUUCCGGACAGACCAGAGCAUCUCAAGGCCACCGUGACCAAUCCAGGGAAGAGACAAACACCAGAAGCAUCAGGUUAAGCCAAAAGACCGGGCAUUUGUACACUGGGUUCCCCCACUCCCCACCCCAGCCACCUCACCUCAGCCCCUGCCUCCCUCCCUCCGCUUGUUGUCUCGGCCUGGCUUUCUCCUCCCCCCUCGGGGAUCUGAGACUGCCAGGAUUCACAUGCCUCUGAAACCCACUCUCAGUGCCCUCGGGUGACCACACAUACCAUUCUCCCAUACUCCCACCCAGCAGGCCGCUGUGACAGCAGAGGGACAGGGUGAGGAGGGCCACGGGCUGGAGCACGUAGGUGACGGAGGGGAGGGGAGAUGACCUCUAGGGGAAGGAGCAUUGUCUAGCCUGCGGCGUCGAACUGUGGACUCAGUCAGUGUAAAUAAAAAUAAAUUCACAGGCAACAGCUCCUGUCAUUUCUGUUGGAAGCAGCCCACUCCCUCGCUGUCACUCCCUCCCCCAACUCUGAGUCAGAGCUACUUACAGCUUCCCCCAAAGCGAGGGCCUGUUUGUCCAGGGGUAAACAAUGUUGGCUGCCGCCUCUGUGCGUUGGAGUGGGCUGGCCUUGCGGAGACUGGCCGGGAACUUGGCCUUGUGGGAACUUGUAGAGCCUCCUUUUGAUGAAAUUAUCUGGACUCAAUAUCUAGCACCUAGAAUGUGUUCAACAAAUAUUUGUUGAAUGAAUAAAUUAUGACUGCAGACUAGCUCUCCUGCCUUAAACUAAUUUUAGCCCAGCCUAGUCUCCUGAUAUCUAUGCUCUUUACGCUCUGCCGUGUUGCUUUAGUCAAAUAAGAAACAUUUACUGAGGGCUUAUCAUUUGCCGAUCAUUGUGCAAUAUGCCGUGGGACGGAGGACACCGUCCCGGUCUUUAAGGGGAUGGAAGAGUUGAGAAAUACUCGUAUGAGAUUACCACCAAUGACACCUUUGAUUUAUAUGAUGCUUUAAAUUUUUCAAAGCACUUUCGUGUAUUUUUUUGUGUGAUUAGUGAGACAAGAUUGUACAAAUUAAAAUAUAUACAGAUGCAAUAAUGUUAAUAGUUAGCAUUUAUUAAAUGCACUAUCCUCAGACAUUUACAUGUAUAAUCUCAUUUCUUUCCUGCAAUUACUCUCUGAGAUACUAUUCCCAUUAGGUGGGUAAGGAAACUUAAAAUCCAGAAACAUUCCCUCCCCCAAGGUGAUAGGGCCUUAAGUGACGUGGCUAGGAUCUGAACCAGGUCUGUCUACCCAGAGCUCUAAAUGCUAACUACCCUAGUUAGCUGCUCUCUACGAAGUAGUCUAUCGAGCUGUUACGACCAUUAGGGAGCAGGACAGUGCGUAUUCCGUUGAAAAGCCUUACUAGGCCAAUGAUGGUAUGUGGGCUGCCUCUGUAUUUAGCCCAAGGUUUAAAAAGGUCCCUAACGCCGACUCCCUAGUGGUCAAGGCAGUGACAGGCCAGAAAAGACAGCUGAGACCUAGCAGUUACUUCUGUGUAUGAUUCAUUGUACUUUCUGAUGUCAGCGCAUAUCCAAACCCACCCGCCAUUCCUCCAGCCUUGGGGAAGGUUCACAAUUAUAGGUAGAGAUCGAAAGGAAACACAAAGUUAAUUAUGGGUUCUUUGUGCAAUCAGAGACUCCACCCCUGCAGGAUCCAAUCACUGCUGAGAGGCCCAGAAGCCAGCAGUCCAGGUUAUAGUCCCAUAGCUGCUGAAAGGCUUCCAACAGGGGUGUUAAGAAGGUGCAAGAAAUACCCAGGGGCCCGCAGUUGCCUGUCUAUAGCUCACUUCUGGGGAAGAGGAAAAGGAAAAUGCUGGUAUUGCUGCCACAUUCUCGCCCCACUCCCCACCAGAUCCUUCCCUCUGCCCUUUUCUUCCAGAACGGGUUCACAUUUACCCAACUCAGAACCAUCCUGCGUCAGACACAGCAUAGGCAUAUGUGCAAGUCUCCCCCGUUCCCAAGCCUCCAGCCCAGGAAGCUUGUGAGUUGGCAAACUGCUUGUCAGGGUCUGAAGGAUGCCGGUGAUUUCAGAGAGGGGAGGCAGAACCGGUUCAAACCAGUAGGGUCUUCCUUUCAUCUUCUUGCCAUCAGGAAGGACUCAGACUAACUAUCUCCAAACCAGAGCAGGAGAGAGGUCUUGCCUCAGUGAGUAAGUUGGGGCAGAGCUGGACAGAUGUGGAUAAGAUCGUCGCCAUCCUUCUAAAGAAGAAGGUGGAAACCCGGAACUAGAUGAGCACAUCCCUGGGCACAGAUCCCCUGCCUGUCUGGUGGGUUUGCGUACACUUGCUUACUGGAAUCCGUUCAGCUGUGACCCAACGUUAAGUGAUUCCCAAAGUAAAAAAUUUGCCUGGGAGUGUUGUCCGAUGUUUGGGGUGGAGGGAUUGAAAUUGCUGUGCAUUUUGUCCGACAACAAUUUCAGAAAGCUGUUAAGCAAGAUCAGGUCUAUUCACUUUAGAUGACCUUCAGCUUCCUGCCCCCCAUCCCUCCUCAAAACACAGACUGUGAUUUCAAGACACCCUUUGUUUGCAGACGUCACUGCUGACCUGGAGACUAAUCCUGGAUCUGACCUGCUGUGUCAUCUCCUGCUUGGACUUUUGUGAUAGACUCUUUGGGGAAAAAAAUUAUACUUUCCUUGUUAUUGUUAUGAAAGCCUCACAUGUGUAUUAUAGAAAUUUAGUGGGGGUGGGGGGUGGGUAGUCCUCCUACUACCCAAGACAAACACCACUGUCCUUUUAGACUUAUCUUUCAGUUCUUUGGGGGUAUAAAUGUACACAGGCACAGGCAGGGUUUGUUUGUUUGUUUUUAACAAAAACUGGAUUACACUGUAAAUACUCUUUAGUAACUUACUUUUCAAAAUGUGUAUUUAUAUUUUAGAAUAUGUAAGACACACACAGGUAAUGAAAUUCAAAAAGUACACAAAGCUCUAGAGUAAGAAAUAAAUCUCCUUCCCACCCUGUCUGCCAGCAUCCAGUUUCCCUCCAAAUACUUGUACUGUAUAUUCUUUCAGAAACAUUGAUGCAUUUUCGAAUAUAUGUGUAUAUAUUCUUUUGUCACAAAUGGUAGCCUAUCAGACACACCUUUUUGCCUCUUGUGCUAUUUCACUCACUCGAUCAUGAACGAAACGUUUUGGGCGGGUGUCACUCGGACUUUUUCAACAGCAUCUUCAUUAUACGGACGGACUCUCACGUGGUAGCCUGUCUCUUUACACGGAUUAUUUCAUUCAUUCCCAUUCUUUAUUGUAAAUAAUGUUGCAGCAGACAUUCCUGUCGCUAAAUUUUGCACACACCUAUGGCUGUUUCCUUGGGAUAAAAUCCAAGAAGGAAAUUGCUUGGCUCUCUUUAAGAAUUUUGAUAUAUGUUGCCAACUGCCCUGAGAAAAGUUUGUACUAAACUUCGCCCCCUCCUAUUUGAAGGCUUGAGAUCGCCCUGUUCCCUGCACCCUCACUAACAGUGGAUAUAGUCACUUACCAACCUUUACCAGCCCGGUAGGGAAAUAAUAGUAUGUCAGUGUCACUGGAACUCACACUUCUUUGAUUAUGAGUGAAUAACGUCUUCAAACACCGAUUGACCCUUUGUACUUGUUUCCUUGUGAUUUUCUGUUUAUUUGAUAUUGGUAUAUUUACCUUUAUUCCCAAUAUGUAAUUUUAUUAAGAAUAUUAAUUUUGUCAAGAAACAUUGCAAAUAUGCUUUCCAAGUGUUUUGCUUUUGAAUUUUGUUUAUGGUGCUUUUUGACACACAUAAAUUCUUAAUUCUGCAAUUAA